AUGGAAAAUGGAAUCAAGAAGAAGAAAAACUUGGAAUCUCAUUUGGUUCCCCAGGAUGACAUAACUAGGAAACUUGCGGUCCAUGGUGUUCGCUUCAACCGUAAUCUGCCAAGGUGCAGCAUAGAAAACUAUGCCAACACCUGGUCCAAAAUUACCGGAGGAGUAAACCUCAACAAUGCCAUGCAUAACAUCGUGAAAGGAGCCAACAGAAACACUACCAUUAUAAAAGUGGACAUGAUCUCCACCAAGAGUAGAGAUAACACAUCUACUCCAUCGUUCCCGUUGAUUCCAGCCACGGUAGUGCCCACUGGUGGUGUCGCCGUCCUCCAGCACUACUCUCCCCAGCCGAGAAUAGGCAAAACAGUAUUAGAUUUUGCUCGCGCGCCAGUUUUACAGAUUCCUUUUGAGGAAGCAGCUACUGAAGAACAAGAAGAGAAGUUGGAUCUUCUUCAUGUUCCAACCAAAGCACCAGUCAUUUCCGAGGUGGUGGUUGAUUCUGGACCAAGAAAAGUUAUAGAGGAACCAUUACCUGCUUGA